UCGCUCUACCGUCUCCGUCGUCUUCAGUACGGGAAAUUAUUUCUUUGUUUAUUCGGGAAUGAAACGUCAUUUUAUGAGAUUUAUCGCUUUUUCAUCUUGAUACUAUAAAUUACCAUCUUUCAUUCAAAAUCCCAUCGAGCGAGCGGAAAUAACUCCGAGAUUUUACCUCGUGAGAAAAAAGACUUCCCAAAAAAAACAAAAAACUUACCUUCAUAAUUCAAUAAUUUCCAACAGUUAGUCGUCGAAUAAACAAAAUGACGGCCGGUUUAGAUGAUUAUGAUAACAAGACGACGGAGAGACAGGAGGUUGAACAAUAUCAAAGAGAUCCUUCACCAGUGAAGAGAUCAUUUGGUGGAAAAGUAAAGAGACAUUGUGCUCGAUUUUGGUGGAUUCAUCUUAUUGGUUUUUGCAUAGUAUUCCUUAUCAUUGCAUUAUGUCUGUAAGUAUUUUUCUUUUCUUUCAAAGUCAACCGUUUUAAAUUUAUACUAACAAAAUCAGUGUUUAUGUCGCAAUGCCAAAGAUUGCCCAAGAUGGCGUUAGUGAUUCUACACUCGAAAUCACUCAACUUCAAUUCACACAUCCAACUCCUGAUACCAUUGUUCUUAGCCAAGUAGGCACACUUCACAGUCCAUCAAUGUAUACACCUACAUUAGAUCCAUUCAACGCAUCUUCCUACCUAGUAAUAAACGGAACAUACGCAUCAGAACCCAUGGUAAUAAUUCCACUUCCGAAAAUCCACGUUCUGCACCCCAGAUCUACCAUCUCAGUGGAAAACCAAGAAUUAUCCAUCUUCAACGUCGACGCUUUAUCAGACUACACCACCGCAGUCCUAAGCAACGAAUAUGUCACCACGGCACUCGUCGGAAAAACAAAAUUACACGAAGGAGCUCUCCCAGUCACCUCUAUCAAAUACAAUAGAACAAGCACAUACAGAGGACUCAACGGUCUAAAAGGUUUCAACGUAACCAAUGUCCGCGUCAACCUUACCGCACUUACAGGCCCCAAUCUCUCCGGUGACGCAUACAUUCCCAACCCCUCCAACAUGACCAUCGUGAUGGGUAACGUCACCUUGGAACUUAGCACCUCGACCUCCGGCGUGGUAGGUAAUGCCACUAUUAAUAAUAUGACGCUAGUACCGGGGAAUAAUACGCUUCCGAUGGUGGGAACCUUGGAUCAAUCAAAGGUGAUUGCGAGUAUGGAUGCUAAGACGGGUUUGGUGGGGUUGAGUAUUAUGGGACAGAGUGCUGUGUUUAAUGGACAGCAUUUGGUUUAUUAUGAGAAGGCGCUUCAGAAGAAUGUUUUGAGUUUGGACUUGAAUGUUGCGCAGGUUUUGGCGGAUAGUACGGCGGCGUUGUAGUGACGACUAGGGGGGGAGGAAGGGAGGCGGGAAUGAGGAAGGAUGAUGAGGUGGAAGUGGAAGUGGGAUUGAGGGGAUGGAAAUGGCGGGGUUCUACUCGCUGAGGAUGAAUGGUGAUGAUUAUUUUGUUCUUGGAUGGGUAUAGUAUACCCUGUACCAUGUGCCCUAAGCAAGCGCGAAGAAAAAAACUCCGAAAUAUCCGACAUUUCAUUUUCCGGAUGGCUAGUCUGGGCAGGAGGAAGGGUCCAUGCAUACUUAGGUAUAUCCUGAGAUACCUCUCUAUCCUCUUCAUCUUCCUCACCUCACCUCUCUCACCUCAUCUCACCUCAUCCUCUAUUCUUGGAGAGAUCUAUAUUAUAUACCCACAUAUACCUUCAUCAUAAAAAAUAUCAAAACAAAAAAGAACAA